CUUACGAACUAUUAACCAACAAUGGAAUUUAAAAAUAUGCAGAUAAGAAUAAGAAAUAAUAAUAUUAAUCCUGUCGAACACGGCUUUACAUUUUUUUUAUUGUGUACUAGAGCUGCAUAAGUGUUGCUCUACACUUUCUGGAGGAUCAAGUUUUGAAAUCAGUGGAAUUAGAGUAUGAUAGCUAAAGAGAUGGAGAAAACACCUGUCUCCGGAUUACAAUUAUGGCAACCAUGGUAUGGCGCUCAUGACAGGGAGACUCAUCCAUCAUGCAAGGGAGGAACAAUAUGAUUUGGUGCAUGAGGCAGAAUUAAUGCAGUGCAGCUUGAGUUUUGCCUUCAGCUGGAAGACUGUGUCCCCUUUUCUCAACAAAGAUAUGGACUCGGUGCGGAUCCUGCUUUACUCUCUCAUCUUCCUGCUCAGCGUCUUUGGCAACCUUCUGAUCAUUGUGGUCCUGACGGUCAACAAGCGCAUGCGCACGGUCACCAACACCUUCCUGGUUUCGCUGGCGGUCAGUGACCUGAUGAUGGCUGUCUUCUGCAUGCCCUUCACACUCAUCCCCAACAUGCUGGAGGACUUUAUCUUUGGAGCCGCCAUGUGUAAAACGGUCACCUACUUCAUGGGGCUCUCCGUCAGCAUCUCCACCUUCAGCCUGGUCGCCAUAGCAAUCGAGAGGUACAGCGCCAUCUGCAACCCACUGAAGUCGCGAGUGUGGCAGACUCGUUCCCAUGCCUACCGGGUCAUCGCCGCCAUCUGGGUGUUGUCGUUGGUCAUGAUGGUGCCCUACCCAGUGUUCAGCCACCUCAAGUCCUUCCCCAAACCCGACCGAACUACGGGACACAUGUGCCGCCUGGAAUGGCCAAGCGGUGGGGUGGAACAGAUGUGGUACAUGCUGUUGCUUUUAAUCUUGUUCUUCAUCCCUGGGGUUGUGAUGAUCGUUGCCUAUGGACUCAUCUCCAGAGAGCUGUACCGGCGGAUGAAGUUUGAGCUGGACCAAAACAGAGAGAACAGUUCACUGAAGAAUGGCGUAAACACCACUGUGACCACCAGCAACAACGACACAGACGAUGAUGGCUGCUACAUCCAGAUAACGAAGAAGCCACCGUCCAUGGAGCUGUCCACCCUCACCACCCCAACUCCGGCCCCUCCUAAACCCAGAGUGUCCGCCGAGCACCCUCGAAGCAAUACCUCGGAGGCUAAACUCUUGGCCAAGAAGCGCGUGAUCCGCAUGCUCAUUAUCACUGCCAUUCUCUUCUUCCUCUGCUGGAUGCCCCUGUACACGGCCAACACGUGGAAGGCAUUUCACAUCAGCUCAGCCCACCGGCUCCUCUCGGGGGCACCCAUCUCGUUCAUCCACCUAUUGAGCUACACAUCGGUGUGCGUCAACCCCGUUAUCUAUUGUUUUAUGAAUACACGCUUCCGCAAGGCGUUGCUCACCACCUUCGCCCACAGCCGUCCGCCCUGCUGUUGGCGCCGCCGGGAGAGGCGGAACGGCGGGGAUGAUGAGAUGACAGUGACGGGGACUAUGGGUCCUUUGUCCAUGUCCAAGAUCAGUUAUACCACAGUGAGCACCGCGGGGACCUACUGAUUCUUUGUGAAGGGGGCUAGGGGUACAGUGUCCAUAUUAGGACAGCCUCAUUCUCUGCAGGACUUCUUCCUAAUAUGGACCCUGUAUAGGGGAACACACUGCUGUAGCAGUGGGUACACUGGUAGUUGUGACCAGGGAUGGCAACUGACAGAAUGCUUGUGCAUUUUCUUUGCUUGUUCGCUCCUGAUUUCUUCACGUUUUAUUGUGUUACAUACUGGGAUUAAAAUGUAUUUAAUUUACAUUUUUUUUGUCAACGAUCUACUCAAUGCACUCUGUAAUGUCAAAGUGGAAGAAAAUGUCUAAUGAAAAAUAAAACACUAAUAUAUAUUGAUUUGAUAAGUA